ACCAGCAUUGCCCAACGGACCCAAGCCUUGACCCUCCAUUCCCUGGGCGUCAAGGCGUCUGAAAUUGAGGCAAUAACCGGGAUGAAAAAAAGUGCAUUGAGGGCCCUCUUGCUCAGGGCUCAGAAACGGGGUUAUGUACCAGGCGGCCCCAUCAAGGAUGAGCAUGUCGCAAACGCGCCAAAGGCCGGAAGACCA